AGAUUUUCAUAAUAUAUACUGUUUUAUCUGACCUUAGACAUAUAAAAAUGGAAGACUGCGGGAAAAAAUGCGCCAAGUAUUUGCUGUUUGCGUUUAAUAUAUUCGUAUGGAUUGCCGGUGCAUCGGUUCUAGGUAUUGGUAUUUACUUACGAGUUGGGGACAAUAUUCACCACAUUGUGAGCAUUGCUGAUAUACAGAUAUAUUAUUCAGGAUGCUAUGUCCUCAUUGGUGCUGGGAGCUUCAUGUUUCUAUUGGGAUUCCUGGGCUGUUGUGGCGCAAUGGCGGAAAAUAAAUGUCUGCUUAUUUUGUAUUCGAUAUUCCUUGGCAUAAUUUUCGUUCUCGAGCUCGGUAUUGGAAUCUGGGGAGCUGUCAAUCAAACUUCGAUCGAAAACGACAUUCAAAAGGCGUUCAACCAAACGAUUAACAACGGUAGUAACCCGAACGAUUCGUUCGCGCAAUCUGUUAUUUCACUUGAAAGACAGUUCAAAUGCUGCGGUCUCGCCAACGGUUGUAGCGAUUGGAAAUCUAGUGAAUCAUACGGUUGCACUUGUGAUGUGAAUACGGCAGCGAACGGCACUUGCGUUCUUGCUUCGAGUCUAAAAUGCACAAACGGAGAUACUUCAGGAGGACAAUAUAUUUACAAAGAGGCAUGCUAUCAAUCUAUCGUCGAUUUUGUUAACAACAACUUAUGGCUUAUUGUUGGUAUUGGAUUCGGGAUUGGUUUCGUCGAGUUGCUGGGGAUCAUCUUUGCUGUUAUGGUAAUCAAGCUAGCUUCAAAGAACAAAUACGGCGAACUUGUUUAAUCAAAAGUAUGGACUUCCAACCGAAUACACCGUAUACGGUAGUCGCUGUUUCGAACUAAAUUGAAAAUUUGUAAUUAUUUCUAUCUUUGGCGCGAUUGUAUUAUCAGUGUUGUUUAGUGCUUCCAUCUUUACUGAUUGUUUUCAAUUUCUUUUCUUAUUUCGGACUGCAAUACAUUUUGUUUGCUAUGAUAGUCAGAGAAUAUUUCGCGAUUAUUUAUUCAGUUUCAAACGACGAUUACACAACAUAUAAG